UUGUUUAUAUUUUACAAAACAACUUUCUUCCGCGUUUGAUUAAAAUAUUCUUUAAAUAAAUUCAACUUUUCACUUUAAAAAUGGCUGAAUCAUUAGAAAAUAGUAGUUCAAUAGCUUCAACAUCAUCCGGGGUUGCUGCACUCCCGAUAGAAGGCAACAAUGUUGGUGGUGAUGAAGGCGAAGAAGCCAAACCCUCCAGCAGUGCUGUUGAAUCGAUGGCUGCAUCAAUAUUGCACAAUAAUAAUCAGCAGCAAGCUGAUCAGACGUCACAGAAACCUUCGGAUCCUGAAAUGGUCAAAAUGGAAUGUCCAGUGUGCCUGCAAACCUGCAUCCAUCCAGCAAGGCUGCCCUGUGGACACGUAUUCUGCUUCCUAUGUGUCAAGGGCGUUGCGUUCAAGAGUCGUCGAUGUGCUAUGUGCCGUCGGGAUAUUCCUCCUAGUUACCUGGAACACCCUCAGCUGGUUAACGGUUUACGGGAAGUUGAGAAAGCUGCCAAAUCCAAUGACGGUGCCGAAUAUCAAUGGUACUACGAAGGUCGUAAUGGCUGGUGGCAGUAUGACGAACGGACCAGUCAGGAAUUGGAGGAAUCGUACCAGAAGAAGGAGCGGUUUUGCAAGAUAUUGGUUGCUGGCUUCCUGUAUAUUGUAGAUUUCGAGCACAAGUGUCAAAUUCGACAGAACGACCCUUCCCGUAUUCGACGGGUUAAACGAGAUCUCGCAACAAUUGCUAAGAAAGGCGUAGCGGGUCUUAGAUUAGAAACGAAUGAUCUUACUUCCGGUGCAAACGCUAAUCCCAAUUCUGAUGGUACACUUAGCUCGGCUGAUCUCCAGGCGGAAACAAAUCUUAUGCAAAUGCAUCGUAACAUUGUCGUUGAAGAAUCCGAAGAAGAAUCAGAAGAACGCCUAAUCCGUCGUAUCAAUCUAAAUGGAAGUAAUAGUAGCGAAACAAACAAUAGUAUUGGAGAGGCAUUCGAAGAAACAGAGGCAUCAAGUUCCGUGCUUCACAACGCUAACGUCGAAUUGAACGAAGCUAUCAAUGAUCUCAAUGUUCUUUCGCUGGGCAAUGAUGAACAGAGAGUAGCCGACCGUGUGCAAGAAUCGAUACCUAUAAGAAGGCGCGUUGUGACAGAGUUGUUUUCUUUGAGCGAUAGUGACGAUGAUAACGAGGACAGUAAUCACAUCAUCCUUUAAACUAGCACUUGCAUUGAAUCUUUUGAGUGCAAUGUUCUACUAUCCUGAGAACGCAUUUAUUAGUUUUCCUCAAAACUGAAUAUUUUUAAAUUUUAAGUUCGACAAGUUUUUUGACGGUAGUGUCUUGAAGAUCGAUUACAUAAGUAUAUAUCUCGAAUUACUUCAAAGGUAGUUCUAACAACUUGUUCGACAAAAUUCUCGAAAUUAUUGUAGAUACGUUGAUGUUAAGAUUAUGAUUUAAAUUCAAGCGCAAACUUAUUCUUAAUGCAAGAAAAAACUGGUUUCUUUUAUUUCUAUCAAAUUAAAAAAUAGGUCCAUUUUCUUUUUCUUUUUCAUGUACUUUAGAUUAAGAGUCGAAGCUAUUAUUCAUACCUACUAUAAUCCACGAAGAGGAAGUAUCCUCGCAAAUAUAUGUAGAAAAUAAAAUAUAUAUGACUAGGAAUCUAUUUUUCUACACUAAGCACAGAACUAUAUCUUGGAGCAGGAAGAUCAUUUCGGUUGUAAUCUUUUCAAUUGAUCAAUAAAUCCUAUAUUUGGCUGCACCGAAGGUCUUUUGCUUUU